CUUCUUCUCUUCUAACCAAAUAAGCAUGACGAAACUUAGUACUAAGGAUAAGAAUGCUGCUGAUAUAGAAGCACUUACCUCACAAGAGUCAAUUUUGGGAGAACCGUGGGUUCCAAUAUACAAGACAUCGGUUGGUUUCGAAGCUCAUCAUUUUGAAACUGCAAUGUCAAAUCUAAUCAGACAACCAAAUAUAAACUCGACAGUGAUUAUGAGGGCUGAUAUUUUGAAGGAAAAUGUAUAUGACUCCCAGAAGGGAGAUUUCACAUUUGUAAGCAAGCAAAUAAACGAGAUUCCUGAAUUUCCCACAUCAGAUAAACCAGAAGAUAUUAUUCUACAUCGAUAUUUGGAUGAUGUUGAUUUGAAAAAUUGCCCUUUGGACCAAAGCAAAAUCAAAUUACAAGUGAAGAAUGAAAUAAUAAGAAGAAUAGUACCUAGAAAUCCAUUCAAAGACCACUUGAUUAAUCAAACAUGUUUGGUUUUCACCAGUCCUCCAAAUACAGCUAAGGAAGAUGAAUCAGUCUUAGUAGUUUACAUACCGCAUAUUAAAACCAGUGACGAGAUUCCAUUUUAUUUACCACCAGUUUACGGGGUUGGGAUAUUGUUUAGUAAAUCAUCACUUUCAAUACAUUACUUACCAUUUGAUCAUACUCAAAAUGCAAGCUCUUUAAGAAACUUGGAGCAUACUGAAAGACCAAUAAGAAUUGCCCUUAGAUUACUACAAACUUCAAGCAAGCAUGCACAUGGGGCUCAAGUCGGAUAUGAAAAAAGGGUUAAUCACGAUUUGGUUGUACCCAAGAUUGAAUUUCAAAAUAGAUAUAUAAGUUUGAAGAAGAAAUAUUCAUCACAUCUUGUUAACCAAUGGUGUGAAAGCACUGAUCCUAAGAAACAUGUUUUCGAAGACCUAGCCAUCGCAGCCUUUUUAAUUGAGUUUUGGAGAAUGAAGUACACUAAUAAAGAUGAAUUCGAAUUUCGUGAUUUGGGUUGCGGUAAUGGAUUGUUAGUCUAUAUUUUAAACCAAGAAGGUUAUAAAGGGAAAGGAAUUGACGCAAGAGCAAGAAAGUCUUGGUCGAUAUAUCCCAAAGAAACUCAAGAUAACUUAUUGGAGCAGAUCAUUAUUCCAAGUGUAUUAUUAAAACCCCAUCCUGCCGUGGCUAAGCUUGCUCCACAUAUCAAAGAUAAUGGAAGAUUUUUCCAAGUCCCUGAACUCUCUUCCAAUCAUCAAUCCCCCGAUGAAACUGCUCGGGGGAACGUACCAUUAAUGUCUUACUAUUCAUCGGCCAAUUUAUUACAAUCUUCCCAGGUAUGUACAACCGACGAGUUCCCACCAAACACCUUCAUCAUUGGUAACCAUUCAGACGAGCUCACUUGUUGGAUCCCCUUAUUAGGCUUCCCAUUUAUCGUAAUUCCAUGCUGCUCACAUGCUUUAUCGGGAGCUAAAUUCAGAUACGGUCCACGGAAACAAAUCAAUCAGACCAACCACAAACAAAACAAAGUGAUCCAGAAACAAAGCAACCAGAAACAAAAUCAAGAUCAGAAAACCUCCACUUACGGUGCCUUGGUAGAUCACGUUGAGGAUCUCUCAAAGCAAAUGGGCUGGACGGUUGCAAAAGAAAUGUUGAGAAUUCCAAGUACCAGAAAUGCAGCCAUAAUUGGUACAAAAAAAGUAGCUGAAGCAUCAAAUGAGUCCCAUGACUCCAUGCAGACCAGGGUCUUGGACAUUCUAGCCUUGGAAGGAGGUGCUGAAGGCUGGGUCGAAAACACCAUGAUGUUAAUGAAAAAGAGUCCUAGAAACCAUUAAUUCCUAAAUAGCUAGUCCUAAUAGAUUUUUAUAGACACUUAUCGC